GGCCACAGCAGAGGAAUAUAGCUUCACCCAGGAUGUUAUCUCUGACCUGGGGUAUGAAGCUAGUGGAAAGAUCUGUGGUCCCCAGGGUCCUCCUCUUGCUCUUUGCACUCUGGCUGCUCCUCCUGGUUCCAGUCCGGUGUUCUGAAGGCCACCCCACUUGGCGCUACAUCUCAUCAGAGGUGGUUAUUCCUCGGAAGGAGAUCUACCACAGCAAAGGAAUUCAAACACAAGGACGGCUCUCCUAUAGCUUACGUUUUAGGGGCCAGAGACAUAUCAUCCACCUACGAAGAAAGACACUAAUUUGGCCCAGACACUUGUUGCUGACAACUCAGGAUGACCAAGGAGCCUUACAGAUGGAUUACCCUUUUUUCCCUGUAGAUUGUUACUAUUUUGGCUACCUAGAGGGAAUCCCUCAAUCCAUGGUCACUGUGAAUACUUGCUAUGGAGGCCUGGAAGGGAUCAUGAUGUUGGAUGACCUUGCCUAUGAAAUCAAACCCCUCAAUGAUUCACAGGGGUUUGAACACAUUGUUUCUCAGAUAGUAUCAGAGCCUGAUGCAACAGGGCCUACAAACACAUGGAAACGCCUGAACCUUAAUACAGGUCCUCCCUCAUCCAGGACAGAGUAUGCCAAUGGAACUCCCAGAAUGUCUAGUAAGAACUACGCUUCACAUCCAGCUGCUAUAAAAGGCCAAUUCCAAGCAACUAAUUCUAUAUAUAAGGAAAGCAACAACAUUGAUACUGCGGCCAGGUAUUUGUUUGAUCUCCUUAGUAUAACGGACAGCUUUCUGAUCACUAUCCAUAUGCGGUACUAUGCUAUUCUCUUAACUGUGUUUACCGAGAGCGAUCCAUUUUCACUAGAUUAUAGGGUACCAGGGGGCUCUAUUUAUAACUAUUAUGUGUCAAACUUUUUUAAUCGGUGGAGGCCUGAUGCAUCAACCGUAGUUAAUAGAGAUGGGCCCUCGGAUCACGACUUUCAUCCAGUUGAACAGAGUUUAUGUACUCCUGCAGGCCUGACGAUUGUUGGUCAACACAGACGAAGUUUUCUAGCUCUAUCUGCUAUGAUCACCAAUCGUGUUGCCAUGUCUUUAGGUAUAAAAACUGAUGAUGAGACUUACUGCAUCUGCCACAGAAGGACCACUUGCAUUAUGUACAAAAACCCUGAAAUAACAGAUGCUUUCAGCAAUUGCUCCCUUGUGCAGAUAAACCAGAUACUGAAUACCCCUGGUACAAUGUCAUGCCUUUUCUAUGACCACCAUGUUUAUCAUAAUAUAACAAGAACCUACAGGUUUUGUGGAAACUUCAAGAUAGAUCUCGGUGAGCAGUGCGACUGUGGCUCACAUAAGGCAUGUUACGCAGAUCCCUGCUGCGGAAGUAAUUGCAAGUUAACUGCUGGUAGCAUUUGUGAUAAAGAAUUAUGCUGUGCAAACUGCACCCACAGUCCUUCCGGGACACUCUGCAGACCUAUCCAGAACAUAUGUGAUCUGCCAGAAUACUGUAGUGGGACUAGUGUCUUUUGCCCUUCAGACACUUAUCUUCAAGAUGGGACGCCAUGCUCAGAAGAGGGGUACUGCUAUAAAGGCAACUGCACAGAUCGCAAUGUGCAGUGCAAGGAAAUCUUUGGUGUGAGUGCUAGUGGUGCUAAUAUCAAGUGCUAUGACAUCAACAAACAACGGUUUCGAUUUGGGCACUGCACUAGAGCACAAGAGAGUCUCACGUUUAAUGCUUGCUCUGAUCGUGAUAAACUGUGUGGAAGGCUGCAGUGUACCAACGUCACCAAUCUUCCAUACCUGCAGGAACAUGUUUCAUUCCAUCAAUCGGUUAUCUCUGGGUUUACCUGCUUUGGGCUUGAUGAACAUCGUGGGACAGAAUCAACGGAUGCUGGACGGGUGAGACAUGGUACCCCUUGCUCCCAAACUAAAUUCUGCGAUCGAGGAUCUUGCAAUGGAAGCUUAUCUCGGUUGGAUUAUGACUGCACCCCAGAAAAAUGCAACUUUAGAGGAGUGUGUAAUAAUUAUCGGCGUUGCCAUUGUCAUUUAGGUUGGAAACCUCCUCUGUGCAAAGAGGAGGGGCCUAGCGGGAGCACGGACAGUGGGUCCCCUCCGAAGGAAAGGCGCAAAAUAAAACAGAGCAGAGAACCACUGUUAUAUUUAAGAAUGCUCUUUGGUCGUCUUUAUUUAUUCAUUGUCUCACUGCUCUUUGGAGUGGCCACUCGCGCAGGAGUUAUUAAGGUCUAUAAGUUUGAAGACUUGCAAGCUGCUCUGCGUGCUGCACAAGCCAAGGGGACUUAAAAAUGAACGAGGCCCUCGUAAGAUAAAGAGAAUGCAAAAAUGCAUGUCAAGAGGGGACAAGGUAGAACUCCAGUCCACAGUUCUGGAGAGCCUUCAUCUAUAUCGUGGGGAUACAAAAGGUUUUGGAUUUGGAUACCACCUGACAUUGGUGGGUUACUGAUGCUCACACUCGAAUAAAUCUUUCAAAACCGCAAA